UCAGGAACCAAGCUUAACUACCAGGCUGGGCCAUUAUCGUGAAUGACCUGGUCUCUCUCUAAUCACUUCUUUAAAGAGCUCUAGAUAGACAACCAUCAUCUACUGAAAUGCACUUUUCCAAAAUCGCCAAUUCACUUGAUCAACAUGCCACUCUCCACUAGCAAUAUCAUCGGCAUUGUCACUGUCAUCGUCUCAUGCCCGCCCUUGCUCUUGUUGAUCUGGAAAAUCAUCGAUCGGAGGCAUCGACGACCAGAUGGACCAAGUAGUACGACUAGAGAAUUAGGUGUCCGUCGUGAGAUCCCUCCCGGGCCGUAUUCCUUGCCGCCCUAUCCCACGGUCAACCACCAAUCGGGGCUCUUAAAUACAUCCUUCGUCUUUCAAUACAGCAUGACAUCCCGCAUCCAAGAGAUUCGUGUCUAUGAAAACACUUUCCAGGGCCAGAUCUACCCAACAGAGCCCCAGUGAUCCCUCACAGCUCUAUUCCCUGGUCUUGCAUUAUCUUCAUCCUUCCAUCUGUUCUCGUCUGUUCUCUUCAUUGUUUUCUUUUUUCUUGUUUUCCCUUCAGAGCAUCCUCUAUAUCAUACAUUUAGAUCGCAUGCAACAUACAUACCCCCCGGCCUGUAUUACCACACCCUCUUUCCAGCUGUCGUCAAGAAUUUCGGAUAUCUCUACGUUUCCUCAACAUAAGUUCUGUAUCAAUUGCUUCUGUAAAUUAUCUCGGUCGAUAUUUGCCUUUGAAAUUUGUGAGCUCCACACUUUCGUUGGCUUUGAGGCGGGCUUGUUCCAUGGAAAUGGCCAUGUAAGCUACCAUCCCUGGCGGCCCCGGAUAAACACGGGCCGCACCCGAGCGAAC